UAAGUUGACAUGGAAAUGCAAAAUAUAUGGGAUAUCGUUAAAACGUGGAUACUAGGACGAACAGUAAUACAAAACAGAUGGUUUAGUAUAUUUGGCACAACGAUGUAGGCAUGCCAGCAGGGAUGUCGGUGGAACAAUAAGUGACAGUGACGGAAUGUGAUACUUUUGUAAGGAUCCUCCUGAUGUCUACCAACUAGACGAAGAUAAGGCGAUGGUCGACGCUUUCCGCAAAGAACUCUAGAUAAAAUAAUGGACUGAUAUUGGGAAUGACCAUCACACAAAAUGCGAGCAGCGUCGAUAACUCCUCGGCCCUGACAAAGUCGUCACAAUGGGACACACAUGGUUACGUCUGCGUGACCAUAGUUGCAAUGUUCGUCCCCUUCAUCCUCCUGGGCAACCUCAUGGUUAUCAUCUCGGUCGCUAAGUUCAAGCGUCUCCACAUUCCCACGAACUACUUUCUGACAUCACUGGCGGUUGCCGACGUUUUGGUGGCGGCAGCGUUGCCGUUCUAUGCGCUUGCGGAAUUACAUCAUUUGAACAUGGGCGACAGUUCUUUGUGUAUUAUCGUUAACCGCGUUUUAAUGACCGCCGGUGGUUGUUUCGGUCAUGACCCUUGCGGUGAACGCUUAUGACCGCUACACGGCCAUCAUGAAUCCGCUAGAGUACAUUUUGAUCAUGACGCCGCGGCGGAUUGCCGUGCUCGUGCUCAUAUGUUGGAUCUUCAGCAGCUUUAUAUGUUGGGCCCCGUUUGUGAUCGGUUGGUACACAAGCGUACCAGGCGAAGAAGAACAUCACUAUAAUCAACUGCACAAGAACGCUAGAAUUUUAUUCACGGGUGCGAUAUUUGUGCCCUCGUGCAUUCUAAUAGUGUUCUUCUACUGGCGGAUGUUCCUGAUUGCCCGCCAUCAUGCGCGCGCAAUCGCCGCCGUAGAGCACUCAGUAAGACGAAGCCUAGAGGCACGCUUUGUGCGCAAAGAUACGAAAUAUGCGAAAACAAUCGCCGUUUUGAUAGGAGUAUUUCUGUGUUGCUGGUUGCCGUUUCAGAUCUGUAUCGUUGUGGACAUCACGCACCAAGUGUCCUCCCACAGAUGGUUACAUAAUUACCUCAUGUUGCUUGCAUUUCUCAACAGCGGGGUCAAUCCGUGGGUUUACGCAUAUAAAUCUGUGGACUUCCGCUCAGCGUACAAGAACAUUUUCCGACUCCUGUGUAAGCAACCCGCGAUUCCAGACGAGCGGGCUUCAAGCAGUGUAUCCUCAGUAAGCGGACCAGCAGCAACGAUUUCGCGCAUGCAACUGAACCGCGUUAACAGCCGGGUAGCCGCGAGUAACAUGCUCCGAACGCUGCGGCGGGAAGUUGGUCGAACAAGAGUAGAAUACGCCCUCGACCGGCGAUUCUCCGGUCCCUUCAGAGCGGGUUCCACUAUUGGGACGUUGCCCGAUUUGCUAAGAGUAUACGCAGCUAGCCCUAGACAUAGCUCUCUGGUGAGUACAUGUAUUGAAGAGGAACCCCCUUCCAACAUUAACGCCGACUCUGGAUGCGUCACCGGCGAUGUCGAAAUGACCAGUUACGUCACUGCAUUUCCAGUCUCCGAGGCCGUCGAACACUCUACUGAAGUACCUUGAGAAGUACCUUGCAUUUGUGGACAAAACUAGAAUUAAAGAACAAGAAUCUCGUUUCCAUAGGUACGGGGAUACUGCGACCGAGUAUCUGCUUUCAUGAUAGGUCCGGGGAUACUGCGACCGAGUAUCUGCCUUCAUGAAAGAUGGAAAAACGAUAUUGGAUAUAUCAUGGACCGAUUUACUUAAUGUAAUUUUACAGGUAUCAUAAUACGUCCGUAUAUACAUCUAUGUAUAUAUAACCAUCUCGUAAGUUAUUGUAACACCUCAUAAGGCUAAUAUAUCCAGAAACAAAGAAAAUAUACUUCAUGGAUUUAAUCACUGUAAAUUGUAUAAAAACGGACAUAGGUAAAGUCCAAAUUUGACAAACGUCUUUUUGUGGGUUAAAAGUCAAACUUAAAACUAUUGAAUAAUACAACAUUACACAAAACUGAAUAUGAGCCUUCAAGGCAAAGUGCUAUAUUCGGCCAAUAUCUUGUAAAUGAUAUUUGCAGGUCCUUAUUUAUUUAGUAUACAUGUUUUACGUAUACCAUUAUAUUUUUGUGUGAAUAAAAUAU